AUGCGCCUCGCAUACAUUUUUGCUGUGAUGGUUGUAGGUACUCUUCACCACAGCAUCGAUGCCCUUCCUGUUGUGAUUGGGAGCAGAAAGAGUACUGAAAACGGGGCUCUAUCUGAUCCAUUCACUUCAAUUCAUACGGACGACCAGCGCUCGUUGCGUGCUGAAAAUGACCGAGGUGACAUCGAGGAAGAGCGAAUUCUAAGCUGGCCUGAAGUACUGAAGAAGGUGACUGCCGCUGAAGCUGCUAAAAAGAAGGUUCGGGAGGCUACGGCAAAGAUUGAAGACCCCGUCUGGGAGAAGCUGGUUGGAAUUUGA